UAUUUCGCCGUUUUCUUUUAAUCAAACAGAUAGAGCGCAGUCGAAGAAGAAGAAACCCCAAAACCCCAAAAUGCAUUCUUUCGGUUAUAGAGCCAACGCUUUGCUAACAUUUGCCGUAACCAUUCUGGCCCUUAUGUGCGCCAUGGCUUCUCUCUCUGACAACCUCAACUCCCCCUCUCCCUCUGCGCAAGUUCAGGUGUUGAAUAUCAACUGGUUUCAGAAACAGCCGAACGGCAAUGACGAGGUGAGCAUGACAAUGAAUAUAUCAGCAGAUUUGCAGUCUCUUUUCACGUGGAACACAAAACAGGUUUUUGUCUUUUUAGCUGCUGAGUAUGAAACACCAAAGAAUUCCUUGAAUCAGAUAUCCCUGUGGGAUGGUAUCAUUCCCUCUAAAGAGCAUGCGAAGUUUUGGAUUCAUACAUCAAAUAAGUACCGCUUCAUUGACCAGGGAAGCAAUUUGCGCGGUAAAGAAUUUAACUUGACUAUGCACUGGCAUGUUAUGCCAAAGACUGGCAAAAUGUUCGCAGCCAAAAUAGUCAUGCCAGGUUACCGAUUGCCCGUGGAAUAUAGAUGAUGCCUUGUUCUCGUGUUAAUGUUAUUGCUGUAACUUUAGCCUUUUCUAUAACGGAUAUAGAAGGUUAGUUGAAACUUCAAAGAACUAGAAUCAACGAAAAGGAAGGAAUUCGUGUUUUGGAAAGUGGAAAUGAAUAGCGUUUGAAUACUUGAACACCCAAAAUUUGCUUGUGGUCUUCAGUUGUCUCUGGCUUUGGUCUGAACUUUCUUUUUCCUCCAGAAAAAAGAUAUCUAUGCCAUAAUGAAUACUUGAGAUAUCAAAAUUA